AUGUUAGGCCCACCUAACGUCGUGGUGGUGUGUGCAGCCAAAGAGCUCUCGGCAUCUAACCGGGACCUGCUCGGCUGGAUCAACGACAAGAUCCGGGCCCGCAAGUUGGCCACCGCCUCGGACUUCUUGGGCUCCAUCCGCAACGGCCACGCGCUCGUCCGGCUCAUCGAGGCCCUCGCUAUGGCCGACUCCGGCCUCUCCAUCAGGGACUUCCUUGGCGCCUCCCAUCUCACUCAGCUCGACCUCCAUCGCCCUGCUGGCCCGGACACGCCAGAUAGCAAGCAAGGCUCGUUGAACUUCUUCUUCAGCCACAAACCUGCCAACCAAUCAGAGGAAAAAAACCCAGUCCAUGACAUUGAGAGGUUAACUAUUAACAAUAAUCAAAAUAUAAUGAAUUGA